GCGCACCGGGACCCAGCGCAGUGAUGUCGGAGCUCAGCGAUGAAGCCAGUGAGCCAGAACUCCUGAACCGCAGCUUGUCCAUGUGGCAUGGGCUGGGUGCUCAGGUCAGCCGGGAGGAGCUGGCCGUUCCCUUGGAUCUUCACACAGCUGCUUCCGUCGGCCAGUAUGAAGUGGUGAAGGAAUGUGUGCAGCGGAGAGAGUUAGAUUUGAAUAAGAAGAACGGUGGUGGCUGGACCCCGCUGAUGUACGCCUCCUACAUUGGACACGAUACCAUCGUGCACCUGCUGCUCGAGGCGGGGGUGAGUGUGAAUGUGCCGACCCCGGAAGGGCAGACUCCACUGAUGCUGGCUUCCAGCUGUGGCAACGAAAGCAUCGCCUACUUUCUCCUCCAGCAAGGUGCCGAGCUGGAAAUGAAGGACAUUCAAGGCUGGACUGCCCUCUUCCACUGCACCAGCGCUGGGCAUCAGCAGAUGGUUAAGUUCCUCUUGGACAGUGGAGCGAAUGCCAACGUGAGGGAACCAAUAUAUGGAUUUACUCCUUUGAUGGAAGCAGCCGCCGCUGGCCAUGAAAUAAUUGUGCAGUAUUUUCUCAAUCAUGGAGUCAGAGUGGACACGAGAGACCACAGUGGAGCCACGGCCCGGAUGCUGGCCAAGCAGUAUGGACAUAUGAAGAUCGUGGGGUUGAUAGACGCUCACUCGCCUCCUCUGCCCAAGAGCCUCUACCGGAGCCCAGAAAAAUUUGAAGAUUUAAGCUCUUCGGAUGAAUCCUGCCCUGUUCCCCAGAGACAGAGGCCCUGUCGGAAGAAGGGCCUCAGCAUCCAUGAGGGGCCGCGAGCCUUGGCCCGGAUCACGGCCAUCGGCCUUGGCGGCCAGGUGCAGCGGCCUUGCUGUGAGCAGGUGCCUCCACGGGGUUAUGUCACCUUUAACAGCAGUGAUGAGAACCCGCUGGAAGUGGGGGGCCUCUGCUACAGGGACGUCACCUCCCCCAUCAAUGACCGGGAUGUGGAGAGCAGCAGCAGUAGCAGUCGGGAAGAGCAGGCCUUCUGUGCCAACCUGGGGGUCGUGAGGCGCAGCAGCAGCAGCGAGGGCCUGACGAGGGCCCCGGGAGUCAGCAGUGAGGCCUCUCUGGAGAGCAACGAGGAUUCGGAUCAUGCGUGUAAAAGCUCGGUUCGCAAGCAAACUAAAAGUUACAUAAAGACCAAGAAUCGUUACAGCAACAGUGACAGCCAGUGGUCUACCAGCACCGGGCCAGCUGGCGCAGCCUGCUCCCCGGGAUCUGUUCCCCAGACAGAGAGGUCCCCUUAUUCAGGACCCCAGGACCUCGCCACGCUGCUGGAGCAGAUCGGGUGUCUCAAGUACCUGCAGGUGUUCGAGGAGCAAGACGUGGACCUCCGCAUUUUCCUUACCCUCACCGAGAGCGACCUGAAGGAAAUCGGCAUCACGCUGUUUGGGCCUAAGAGGAAGAUGACCUCUGCCAUCGCCCGCUGGCACAGCAGUGCCCGGCCCCCCAGCGAUGCCCUGGAGCUGGCCUAUGCCGACCGGCUUGAAGCUGAGAUGCAGGAGCUCGCCAUCCAGCUGCACAAACGCUGUGAGGAGGUGGAGGCCAUGCGAGGCCAGGUGUCCCAGGAGCAGGAGCUGCGGGCGGUGGUGGAGAGCUGCCUCCUGGAGCAGGACGGGGCGCGGAAGGACGUGCACGCCCAGCUGCAGGAGACCCGGGCCCUGGCCCGCGACGCUGCUCUCGUCUUGGACCAGCUGCGAGCCUGUCAAGCCGAGUUGUCUGCCAGAGUGAAGCAGGAGUCGUCCACCCGAGGGCCCCCUCUGGGCCCACCCCUCCCCACGGCUGACUCCAAAGGCUGGCAGGCUUCCCUGCAGGCUCUGAGCCUCCCUGAGCUGUCAGGAGCAUUGGAGGAUCGAGUCCAGGAAAUGGGGCGAGUGCUAUGCUCAGUGACCCAGAGCUUGGAGAAGCUGCAAGCGCUGAACGGGAAGGAGAACUGGCGGGAGCCUUAGCUGGGAGGGACGUCUUCCCUUUCCCUUCUCAGAAUCUGACGUUGGGUGACUGAUCCACCCUGAAGCUGUGUGCCUGGAAGACAGGAGGGCAGUGAGCAAGCGGCUGCAGCAGGCCGGCCCGAGCGGGGGCCGCAGCGUCAGGCCCCCGGAGCAGCUGGCGGAGGCAGGACAGGGCCGUGAGGCCCACGCAGAGGCGGCCCGAGGGCCUCUUGCCCAGAACCAGGGGGGAAGGCCCGGAGCAGGCAGGGCCACGGGGAGAGAGUGGGUCCCCAUACACCGCAGGUGCCACGCUGAAAGGACUGGGCGCCUGGGCAGCGGAGGUCAUUUGCUGGAAAAUAAAAUUUAAGAUCUGGU